AUGAAAGUUUUAAUUUUUCCGAUAUUUUUAUUAUUUACUUUCGAGAGUAAUGGAUACGAUGAAAAAACAGGGUUGCAAACACAAUAUUGGCAAUAUGUUUCACUAAAUGGAUCAUCACCACUUUUGUUUCACGGUGAUAAUUAUCGAGAAGAAUAUCAAAAAGAAUUAAUUUCUUCUCGUUUACUAUCGGUGAUGCCGCCAUUUGCUCUCACGAAUGUUAAAAAUUUAAAAUGUCGACAAGACAGCGAAAAAUUUUUAAACGAUUUAAAUAAAUUUGAUUUAUGGGCUGUUAAAAUGUACGAUUCAAGUGGGAAAAUCCCAUCGGGUUUAUUAAAUGGUAACAUUAAUCAAUUCGGAGAUUUUGAUCAAUGUUUGAACAUAAUGGAACCUUCUUUAAACAUAAAAGGAAAAUAUUGUCUUGCUUAUUUUCAAUUAAAACAAAUCGAAGGUGAACCGACAUCGAACGACAUUAAUAAUAUCUUCAAAUUGUUGCAAAGUCAUUUUUUUUUCAAAAGUGAAUUAACAGACCCCGGUCACAGAGUUCCGAGAUUUUCCACAUUAAAUUGGGGUCUUUGCAUACCGAAUUCGUGUUCGUCCGAUGAUGUCGAAAUACAUCUUAAAUCUUUGGCCGAAAGAUAUUCGAACGGUACAGGAUUCGACGUGGAAGUUAAAGUCGAAGAAGAAAUGUGCCAAGAAAAUAAAAAAUUCCAAUUUUCCGUAUCGUUUUUAAUAGCAAGUUGUUUGCUUUCGUUUGUCGUGAUAAUAACAAUCGUGGCUACCUUGAAUGAUGUUUUCUUUACGCCGAAACAAACUCACGAUACGAUUUCACUAGAAUGUUUUUUAAAUUGUUUUUCCCUUAAGAGAAACAUAAAAACUUUAUUUAAUUUUUCUAGAAGUUCCGACGAUAUACAAUCCGUUCACGGGAUACGUAUGAUAAAUGCAAUUAUGCUUGUCUUAUGUCAUAAAUCAAUGGCUAUGUUUUUCAUACCUUAUUCCAACAGGACUUCCAUGGUUGAAAAAUUAUCACAGCCGUGGAGCAUAAUUGCAAGAAUAGCAAGUUUAUAUACGGAUUCAUUUAUCAUGAUUAGCGGUUUAUUAACUUCUUAUUCCUUCGUAAAAACUUUAAAUAAAACUGGAAAAUUAAAUUUGAAAAGCGAAUAUCUCAAUAGAUUGAUAAGAAUCGUACCUCCGUUAGCAGCCAUAAUUUUAUUAAGUACUUUCAUAAUUCCAGAACUUGGAUCGGGUCCUCAAUGGAAUUCGACUGUUUCACAUCAUGCUGAUAAAUGUAAAAAAAAUUGGUGGAAAAAUCUUCUUUUCAUUCAUAAUUAUUUCGGUUUUGAAAAUAUGUGUUUGACCCACACGCAUCACAUGGGAAUCGACACACAAUUAUUUUUUAUUUCUCCAAUAUUUAUUUAUUUAUUAUACAAAUGGCCGAUUUUUGGUAUUAGCAGUUUAAUAGGAGUCGGUGCCAUAUCGACUUUUGCCAGAUAUAAAGCAACGAUAGAUAAAAAUUUAAGCAUAUUCAUAUAUCCUGGAAUAUCAAUAAGACAAAUGUUCGACACGGCAAAUUAUUCUUACAUAAUACCGUUUCACAGAUUGACAUCAUACGUCACUGGAAUAUUAUUGGGAUACGUUUUGAGAAAAUAUGGAAAAGAAUUUAAAAUGAAAUCAUCGCAUUUGAGACUCGGUUGGACGGUUAUGUUUAGUUUACUUUCAUACGUUUUCACAAAAGCAUACGAAAUGAAUAAUUUAGGUUAUAAAAAUGAUGAAGCUGGUAUUUAUGCUGCUUUGGCACCCAUGACUUGGUCCUUUUUCAUGGCGUGGAUUAUUUUCGUAACGGAAAUCGGUUUCGGAGGAAGUUUUGGAAAAUUUAUAUCUUCUAAAUAUUUUUUAAUAUGGACAAAAUUAUCUUAUUCCGUUUAUUUAACACAAUUUCCGGUUUUUUUCUUCAACGUCGGAAUGCAAAAAUACAGUCAACAAUAUACUAUUUUCCUUUUGGCAAAUUUUUUAGAAUAUUUAAGCAUAAUAAUAGCAUCCAUUUUAUUAACAUUAUUAUUCGAUGUACCCUUCGUUAAUUUGAAAAAAAUUUUAAUACGAAGAUGA